GGAAGAGGGUGGCGUGUGUGUGGCGGGCGGCGGGGCGGCCUCGCCGGCGUGCGCGUGGAGCGGCGGGCGGGCGGGCGGAGGCGCCGCAGGAUGCCCGCAGCUCCCGCGGCGAGGGGCUGAGGCGGGCGGGGGCCGAGAGGUGGCGAGGAGGAGGAAGGCGGGAGCGGCGCGCGGGGGAGGUCUCGUGCCCGCUACGCGGCGCGGCUGAGGAUGGCGCCGGUGAGCGAGCAGCUGGCGCCGCAGGGCGCGGGGGACCCCGUCGCCGCCCCCCUACCCGGUCCGGUGGCGGUGACGGUGGUGGAGCCGCGGCGGGAGAACGGCGGCGAGCCGUGCCCCGGCAGCGGCGGCCUGGCUGAGCCGAGCGGCGAGAGCGGGGCCCAGCCCCGGGCGCUGACGGAGGCCCCCGGGAGCGCGGGCUGCGCCGGGAGCGCGGCGCCUGAGCCCCCCGAGGGCGGCUGGGGCUGGGUGGUGAUGCUGGCCGCCAUGUGGUGCAACGGCGCCGUCUUCGGCAUCCAGAACUCGUGCGGGGUCCUCUUCGUCUCCAUGCUCCAGCUCUUCGGCGGCAGCGAGGACAAGCAGCUGGCGUUCAAAACAGCAUGGGUGAGCUCUCUUUCUAUGGGGAUGGUCUUCUUCUGUUCUCCAAUAGUCAGUAUAUUCACAGACCUGUUUGGUUGUCGAAAAGUAGCUGUUACUGGAGCUGCAGUAGGGUUUGUUGGACUACUUUCCAGUUCUUUUGUAAGCACCAUUGAACCUCUGUAUUUCACCUAUGGAAUCGUAUUUGCCUGUGGCUGCUCGUUUGCGUACCAGCCGUCCUUGGUCAUUCUUGGGCACUAUUUCAAGAAACGCCUUGGACUAGUGAAUGGCAUUGUCACUGCAGGCAGCAGCUUGUUCACUGUGUCACUGCCCUUCCUCUUGAGAGUUUUGAUCGAUUCUGUUGGCCUAUACAACACCUUGCGGGUCCUGUGCAUCCUUACGUUUAUUUUGUUCCUGGCUGGCUUUACGUACAAACCCCUUGUUUCCAACACAAAAGACAAGGAGGGAGGAAAGAAGGGCAAGUUCAGAUUUCCUCCUGGAAAAAAGAUUUGCAAUUUCUCAGUUUUCAAAGUUCUUGGUUACCGAAUCUGGGCUUUUGGGAUACCAGGUGCACUUUUUGGAUACUUUGUGCCUUAUGUUCACCUGAUGAAGCACGUAAAAGACAGAUUUGGUGACAGUGUGCCAGAAGAAGUGCUUCUGCUGUGUCUGGGCAUUACUUCAGGAGUUGGCAGAUUGAUCUUUGGCAGAGUUGCAGAUUAUAUUCCUGGUGUAAAAAAAGUUUAUUUACAGGUGGCCUCAUUCUUCUUCAUUGGCCUGAUGUCUAUGAUGAUUCCACUGUGCCAUGCCUUUGGAGGUCUUGUCGCUGUCUGUCUCUUCAUGGGCCUGUUUGAUGGGUGCUUCAUUUGCAUUAUGGCUCCUAUUGCCUUUGAGCUUGUUGGGGCUCAGGAUGUCUCCCAGGCCAUAGGAUUUCUGCUAGGACUCAUGUCAAUACCUAUGACAGUUGGUCCACCUAUUGCAGGUUUGCUGCAUGAUCACCUUGGCACCUACGAUGUAGCAUUCUACCUGGCCGGAGUCCCUCCCCUUAUUGGUGGAGCUAUAUUAUGUUUUAUCCCCUGGGUCCAUGAACGGCAGAAGUUAAAAGAAAGAGGAAAAGCUGUUGAUGGAGAAACUACUGAGAAAAUGCUGGAAAAUGAAAGCCCUUUGGUGCUGGACACUACAGAAAAGCCAGACAAAGAAAUGGAAUCAGGUUUUUGAUGCUUUCUUUUCCUGUACCAGCCUGACCUUCUUCUACUUAAGCUAGAUUUGUACUUUUUGGCUGAAGUUACUAUAUGAUACUGAAGAAAUCUUGAACUAUUGCUUAAACUGCAAAACUGCUAUAAGAAUCUUUUAUACCAUUGAACUUUUUUUGAUGAGUCAUUGAGUUUGAUUUCAAGCCACAUUUUCAAGGUAUUUGAAGUUUUGUAGCAUUAGUGUGUAUGUGUGUAGUGAUUCUGUGUGUGAAGAGGAUAUUUUUGUAAUUCAUCAAAACCUAUUUCUGGAAGCUUGAAAGCUGUUUUUUGGUUCACUGAUCUAGGAUUCUUCAAUAACUUCUACGGUCCGUCCAAUGCAGGCACACCUGUGGGUGUUUAUACUCGAAAACGUAGUAGCUUUGAUGACUGAUUUGAAGUUUCUUGUGCUGUUUUACAGUUUUCUGUAAUUCUAUACCAUAAACAUCAAUAUGCAUUUUUUUGAUUCCCUUAACUCUUGCUGAGGUCAUUUUGCAUUAGAAAGCUCAAUUAUUAAACAUCUGGGUUUUAUUUUCUUUAAAAACCUCAGCCUGCUCAGUUUGCUUAAACACUCACCUGUUUUUGCAUUCACCUUUUCACAGUGGCCCAAAGAACAUUAAGGAUGAAAUUUUUGAUGGGCACAGUUUUAAAUAUGCACAAGCUAAGCUCCCAGUGCAGACACAUUCAGAAGUAAAGCUGCUGAAUGCUAGACUUUUUUUUUAUUUGGUGAAGGCAAUACUAUUAGUGUGUAUGUAUAUAUUUUUUUUUAAGCUGAACCUCAGAAGCUGGUAAUUUUGAAAUUGUACUGACAGUAAUACUUUGGAACAGUAUUGUGAAUUAGGCUAAAUUUAAAAUUAUUCUGUUGUGCUUGUUAGGUUCUUUUUUUAUUCUUAAAACAAAGACAGCUUUAAAGGAUACAUUCUAAGUGCAAUAAUAAGUUGUUUUUAACAUGGAAAUAUACACAAGCUAUUAAAAUGACAUUCAACAAAGAUUUUUGCACUAAGUGAACAUGCAGGUUUAUUAUUAUAAGUCUUUACAGCUGGGUUCAAUUGCAUCUAGGAUAUAGCUCCAUAUUUUAUGCAAAUAUAAAGAAAUGUCUUUGCAUGUCCUAUUUCUUGCCUAAAGUACUAAACAUAUGUCCCUAUUACUUAUGUAUUCUUACGUAUUAUGCACUGUUUGCCAAGCAGGUAUUUCUGAAAACCUCCUUCUCUGAGAAGUAUUCGAAAGCAUAAUACUUGGAGAUGAAAACACUGUUUUUCAGUUUAUCAUAAGACACUUCCAAGUACAUUGUUUAUUUAUGGAUGAGGAUCAGCAGUGUAGUGGAAUACUUAAGCAUUCUUUUUCAGGUCCGUUCAAUAAUACUAACUUUUGUUUUCUUGUUUAGAAGUGUCAUAGCAAAGAGUAAACUAAAUGUGGUCUGAAGACAAAAUGCACAUUUGAGUGCAUUUUCUUAAUUGGUAACAAUGCCUGUUCUUUCCAUAAACCGUGGAGAGGCAUACUGUUUUAAAAUGAUAAACCUCAUUGUCUUUUCUAUUUUUAUUAUUUUUAUUUCUCCAGAGUUGUAGGAAAUUGUUCAGAAAGCCCAUGUAUGUUUGUGAUAUAAAACAUAUUAGCAAUACUCUUGCAUAGAAUGUUUACAUCUACCAACUUAAAACCCUUUAAAUAUAAUCAUACAAAGCAUUCUAAUUAUUGGAGACCAAAGCUCAUACCUUUUUUAUAUUGCAGAAUUUAAAUCCCUGCUUUACAUGAGUGAGGUUUGAAAGAAUUGAAUCUUAAAAUGUUAGAGGUGUGUGGGAGGGACUUGGAGGUGGGGGACAAAACCCCCCACACCGAUCCGUAAAAUCAAGAUCCCUUUAGGUUCACUGGGACUUUUGCUUCUGUACCUCGUAAGUACUUCUAAAAAUUUCAUUAGAAUAUUCAUAGUAUUGUUAAUUAAAAUGACUACAGAAUGCUGCCUUCAUUACAGAAAGGCUGUUAACGGCCUGCGCUGUUCUUGUCUGGAGUUACUUCUGUAGAACAUGUUAUUCAGUAUUAUCUUCUAUUUGGGCGAUGCAAAAGGUGUUGAGUAAGUGUGGUAAAAGCCUCUUGUUUCCUAUUGCUUUGUUAAAGAAAAAUUAGUAUUCAUCACAGAUCUUAGAUUUCAUGGGUUUUAGUGUUGAGUUUUUAACUAAAAAUGAAGCUGUUUUUUAGCACUGAUGCAAUUUGAAAUCAUAGUGAUCGGAUAUCUUGAGGUAAUUGUGACAUCUUCCUGGCUUGCUGCUCUGUAUCUAUAUAAAUUAUGUGGGACAGAAUGUAAAAUAAUUGUUGUUAAGUUUUAGAAAUGAUACAGAAAUAACAUAACAAUAGUAUGGAUUAAUUAUUGUCACACCCUUUAAAAAAUGUAUCUGUUCAUAACAAUCCAAACUCUCAUAUUUGAGAACUAAAAAUUAAAUUAUGCUCACAAAUACGAAAGACGGCAUUAAAAACAAACACCAACCCUAAACCCCCAGAUUCCAGGAAAGAGUGUAUGGUGAGUGACUAAUUGUUUAGGAGUGAUUGCUAUGUUAAAAACGGCUAGUGAAUGGGAUGUCAGACAUGAGCAAACCAGAGUUAGGGGUAAGGAAGCUGUGCUGGUGUGGUGAUGUUGGAACAAUAAACCUGUUUCUGAUGCCAGUGCUUGUUUUACAACAACGCUAACAUUGGAAAGGCUUCAGAAAAAAAAGACUUUUCUGAAAAGGUUAAAAAAAAAAAAAAGUUAGUUAAUGCAUGAGAAUUCUGUUUGUGUCUUUACUGUUGGCUUGUGUCUGUGGGGGAAAUGUCCAAUACAAAAUGCUUUGUUGGAUCUAAGCGUAAGAAGAUUGUGUCCUAAAGCAGUUAAAAUGAAAAUAAAGUUCAGAAUGUUAGUGGCAAGGCUAACUAACCAUUGAGAAACUUUAGAGUUACUGGAUUUUGUAUGCCCCGAGGUUUUAAAAAAUGAGGUUAGUUGUCUCCCUUCUUAAAAAAACCAAACAAACCACAAACAAAACCCAACCCAAAAUAAAACACAAACCCACUAACACAAACAGCAACUACUUAGUACAUUUACGAAAAACUGAUUAAUAUAGAAAUAGUUGCUAUUCGGAAAACUAGGAGAGAAAAGCACUGAAUAUUCAAUUUUGUUUUGACUGAGUAAAUGCAAAUAAAUUUUUGUAAAAAAAAAUAAUUUCAGGUGUGAAAAACUGUUCCUGGGAAACCAGCUGAACUCAUAUUUUGAUGACCUAAUUCAUGCCAGAAUUUAAUCUUGUUUGGGUGGAGGGUAGAUUCUUAAAUUAAAAUACUAGCUUAGUUAAAGAAAACCCUUAAAUCAUUUAGAUGUAUCUUGAGGACACAGUUCAUAGAGUACUUGUCAUAGACAUUGCUCUCCCAUUCUGUAAACAGAAUAAUUGUCUCUUUUUCCAUUUUGAAUGUUUGCAGGGUAAGCUUCAGAAGAAAUUGGGUAGAAAGGGGUUCGCUUAAAACGGCAGUGUGAAAUCUCCAGUCCUACUUGGUGCUGUAAUUUAAUAUACCAUAUCUUGAAACCAAGACUAAUUUUGAGCAAGGGGUUGCUUUUAUGUAUAGCAGUAGGUAUGAGAGCCUUGUAAAUCUUAAUAUAGCUGUUCAGCAAAGAGUUUGAAAUUAAGAACCUGAAGGGUUUUCGUUCUUACAUCUAAGCUAUGCAGCGAUAUGCAACGUAUAAUUUAAUUGUUGGAUUCAUUUUGACUACGUUAGAAGACCUGUAUAAGUCUCAAACCAAGACUUUAACAUACUCUUUAGUUAGAAUUUCUUUCAUCCAGAGCUUUGUCUGUUUAGCAUUAACAUUUAAUUAUUUUUCCUAAGCUUAUUUUCAGCAAGCAUUUAUGGACCUUCCUAAAUUGCUCACUCAAGUCAAAGAUGACCCAGCCAUUCUGUGGCUGUCCUUCAGGGUAUACUCAGUAUCAGAUGAGGCAGACAACUGACAUUUUUCUCCUUUGGCUCUUCAUGCACAACGGCUCCGCAUAUACAUUCCCCCUUUCCCUUUGGAGACACUGGAUUGUCCAAGCUGAUGCACACCAUACUGGAUAUGGAUAGGACCUCCCAGCUUUCCAUCCUGAAACUGCUUCCCUGCAUUAAGCCUUCUGAAUAGCCAUAGCCUGACAGACUAGGCAAGUUUUUGUGAAGUGGGAGAUGUGAGGUUGAAUCAACUCACGAGAGUGCUGAAUGCAGUUCUCAUGCACACUAGAUGAAUGAUUUGAUCACAUGCUUAUGAUGUAAAAAACAGACACUACCAUUUGAAAGCAAAAAAUGUCCUGCUCAGUUCCUUGCAUCAGGCUAGCACAUGCCAAAGGGACAGAAGAUGCUUCCUUGCAGCCCCCAGGAAACUACCUAGGGAUGGGAACCAACAGCACCAUCCUUAGGAUCAUCCUUAUGGGUCAGUUUAAGCAGCCGGGUUCUCACUGUGCUGGCACGGGGCAGCCCCCUGCUUCACUGCUUGGCCCCUGCUUCGCCGCUUGCUGGCGGGAGCCCAUUUCUCUGAGCAGGGAGCAGGGGUGCUACCUUGUUUGGGGCCCAGAUUCCUCUCUGGGGAGCUGGAAGCGUUACGGAAGCUGCCUUCUAGGCAUCUUAACUCUUCCGUCCGAACUGACCCUCUGAUAUUAAGAGUGUGUGUGUGUAUAUAUAUAAAUACAAUGUAUUUUGACCAGGGCAUACACAAACGUUCUGUACCUAACUACAGGAGCUGGAGCACUGGAGUGUGGCAGGCAGCUGAGGGAAAAGUAAUUAUUUUCGCUUUGUGUGUUUCACUGUUGACAAGUACAGCACCAUUACAGUUCCAGACACAGCCUGUGAGUUUCUAGCCAUGUAUACACUGGCAUAUUUUCCGUAUGCCUUUUAGUCUUAUAGAUACAUCUAUCUCUAUAGUGUCAACAUUCUUAUUGUUUCAGAACUGUGUAUGCUAAGGUUAGAGUGAUUUUAUACUAACAUGUGUGCUAAUAUUGGUAACUGACAUGUUUAAGUAUCUUUAUAGACAUCAUAUUUUGUAUGUUGUUUUUGAUAUUAAAGGAUAUACAUUUUGCUAGCCUUACCUCUAUUCUUUAAAGUUCUGCUGUUAGAAGGGUAAGAAAUGGAUGUCUAAUAUCUUUCAUGGUGCUAAAAUAACUGUGAUCAGCCUCAAAUUAUUCAGAAUAAAGAUGGUAGUUCUUAAGUACCCCAUUUGUUACUAAAUGCAUCAUUUUUAGUCUUGUUCUCCCAUAAAGCUUGUCAUUUUUUAAAAGUAA